GGCGCGGAGGCCGCUGCCCUUGUCGCUGCUGCCGGCAAGGCGGGAGGCCCGGGCCGCUCUGGAUGGUGGUUAAAAUGAUCAUAGAAAACUUCGAGGCGCUGAAAUCCUGGCUCAGCAAAACCUUGGAGCCCAUAUGUGAUGCAGAUCCAUCUGCCCUCGCUAAAUAUGUUCUGGCUUUGGUGAAGAAGGAUAAAAGUGAGAAAGAGCUGAAAGCUCUGUGUGUUGAUCAGCUGGAUGUGUUUCUCCAGAAAGAAACUCAAAUCUUUGUGGAAAAGCUGUUCGAUGCUGUGAAUACGAAAAGCUAUCUACCUCCUCCAGAACAGCCAUCAUCAGGAAGUCUGAAAGUCGAAUUUUUUCAGCACCAGGAAAAAGAGACAAAAAAGGAAGAGAUAGUUAAAGAGGAAGAGCGAGAGAAAAAGUUUUCCAGAAGAUUGAAUCAUAGUCCUCCUCAGUCAAGUUCUCGAUACCGAGAUUCCAGAAGCCGCGAUGAAAGGAAAAAAGAUGAACGUUCUCGGAAGAGGGAUUAUGACCGAAACCCUCCCAGAAGAGAUUCCUACAGAGAUCGGUAUAACAGAAGGAGAGGGCGAAGCAGGAGCUACAGCAGGAGUCGAAGUAGAAGUUGGAGCAAAGAGAGGUUGCGGGACCGGGAUCGAGACCGAAGCAGGAGUCGGAGCAGAACACGAAGCAGAGAAAGAGAUUUGGGAAAGCCAAAAUACGAUAUGGAUAGAGCAGAUCCAUUAGAGAACAAUUAUACUCCYGUUUCUUCUGUAACAAACAUUUCUUCUGGCCACUACCCCGUCCCCACGCUGAGCAGCACUAUCACUGUCAUCGCUCCUGCUCAUCAUGGCAAUAACACUACUGAGAGCUGGUCGGAGUUCCACGAGGAGCAGCUGGACCACAACUCCUACGGGCGGCCGCCGCUGCCCAAGAAGCGCUGCAGGGAUUAUGAUGAGAAGGGGUUUUGCAUGCGGGGGGACAUGUGCCCUUUUGACCACGGAAGCGAUCCUGUCGUGGUGGAAGAUGUGAACCUGCCCGGCAUCCUGCCCUUCCCAGCACAGCCGCCUGUUGUGGAAGGGCCGCCGCCGCCGCCGGGCCUGCCGCCCCCGCCGCCCAUCCUGAGCCCUCCUCCCGUCAACCUCCGGCCCCCGGUGCCACCGCCAGGGCCUCUGCCGCCGAGCCUCCCCCCUGUAACAGGACCACCCCCUCCCCUCCCGCCCCUGCAGCCUGCUGGCAUGGAUGCCCCCCCCAACUCAGCCACGAGCUCCGUUCCUGCUGUUGUUACCACUGGGAUUCAUCACCAGCCGCCUCCUGCUCCACCCUCUCUUUUCACAGCAGGUGUAGUACUGAGGCUUUGCCCACAAGAAACGUAUGACACAGAUGGCUAUAAUCCAGAAGCUCCAAGUAUAACAAACACUUCAAGACCCAUGUACAGACACAGAGUGCAUGCUCAAAGACCAAAUUUGAUAGGACUCACAUCAGGUGAUAUGGACCUGCCACCCAGAGAAAAACCUGCUAAUAAAAGUAGCAUGAGAAUAGUGGUAGAUGCAGAGUCCAGGAAAAGAACAAUUGGUGCAGGGGAAGGCGGAGUUCCGACUAAGAAGACUUGGUUUGACAAGCAAAAUUUUAACAGAACAAAUAGCCCAGGUUUCCCGAAGAAGGUACAGUUUGGAAAUGAAAAUACGAAACUUGAAUUGAGGAAAGUUCCCCCAGAACUUAACAAUAUCAGCAAACUUAAUGAACAUUUCAGUAAAUUUGGCAACUUAGUAAACUUACAGGUUGCAUAUCAAGGUGAUCCAGAAGGUGCCCUCAUUCAGUUUGCCACACACGAGGAAGCAAAGAAAGCUAUAUCAAGUACAGAAGCAGUAUUAAAUAAUCGCUUUAUUAAAGUUUAUUGGCAUCGAGAAGGCAGUGUACCACCAYUGCAGACUACUGCACCCAAGGUGCUGCAGCCGCUGGUUCCGCAGCCCAGCCUGCCCGUGGUGAAGCAGUCGGUGAAGGAGCGCCUGGGCCCGGUGCCCGCAGGCAACAUGGAGCCCGCGGAGGCGCAGAGUGCCGGCGCCGACGCCGCGCAGAAUGUGACUAAGUUAUCUGUGAAAGAUAGACUGGGGUUUGUGUCAAAACCAGUUACUCCGACAACUGAAAAGGUUUUAUCCACUUCUACUGGCUUGACAAAAACUGUGUACAACCCUGCUGCUUUGAAGGCAGCACAGAAAUCUUUGCCUGUUGUUUCCACUUCCGUGCUAGACUCUAAUGAAGCACAGAAGAAAAAACAGGAAGCAUUACGACUUCAACAAGAUGUGAGAAAAAAGAAGCAAGAAAUCCUAGAGAAGCACAUUGAAACACAAAAGAUGCUGAUUUCGAAGCUGGAGAAGAAUAAAGCCAUGAAGUCAGAAGACAAAGCCGAAAUCAUGAAAACACUGGAAAUUUUGACUAACAGCAUCACCAAGUUAAAGGAUGAAUUAAAAGGCGUGUCAUCAGGAGGAACUCCUACCCCCCUGAAAAGCAUGAAAACCAAGGCUCAGAUGCAGAAGGAGUUACUAGAUACUGAACUGGAUUUGUACAAGAAGAUGCAAGCUGGGGAGGARGUGACCGAACUCAGACGAAAAUACACGGAGCUGCAGUUGGAGGCCGCCAAGCGGGGGAUCCUCUCGGCGGUUCGCGGGAGAGGGGCUCACGCGCGGGGCCGCGCCGCCUCGCGGAGCAGAGGCCGAGGAAUCCGCGGCCGGGGCAGGGGCCGAGGCGUCCCCGUGCACGCCGUCGUGGAUCACCGGCCCCGCGCGCUCGAGAUCUCGGCCUUCACCGAAAGUGACCGGGAGGACCUCCUGCCUCAUUUUGCGCAAUAUGGUGAAAUUGAAGAUUGCCAGAUAGAUGACUCUUCUCUCCAUGCAGUGAUUACCUUUAAGACAAGAGCAGAAGCUGAAGCUGCUGCAAUUCAUGGAUCUCGGUUUAAAGGGCAGGAGUUAAAGUUGGCGUGGAACAAGCCCACUGCUAGCAUGUCUGCUGCUGAAACAGAAGAAGCUGAACCUGACGAGGAAGAAUUUCAGGAGGAGUCUCUGGUGGAUGACUCCCUGCUCCAAGAUGACGACGAAGAGGAGGAGGAGAAUGAGUCUCGCUCGUGGAGAAGAUGAUUCGGCUGAUCACAGAUGAUGCUGGAACGGCACCUGCAUUGCAUUAGUAUUACCUAAUGUACUUCUGCAUCUUUGUAAUAAGGAGGGCUUUGGUAAAUGUGGUGAAGUUGGAUUCGGAUAUAGGCUAAAAAGCAGCUGAUCAGUUAUAUGUUUUGAGAGAUUGAUGUUUGAGUUACAUUUCAGUAAAUGAUUGCUAAAGACAUCAUACUAGGAACAUAUGCAAUGUUUUUAUUACAUAGUUCUACAGAAAGUUACAGAAUUCUUUGGGUUCUUUGUAAUUUACUGAAUUGGUCAAACACACAUGGCCAAAAGUUGUUAUAACAUAGAUAAUUUUUGUUUUAUUCCAGAUACGGAAUGAAAAUUUGCAUUUAAAAUCUUUGUGAAUGUUUUCAGAAAUGAAUAGAUAACAGUACUAAACUGAAGUCUCUAAAGUUAUGUAUUCAUAAUAUUGCAUAGUAGUAUGCUUAGGCUUUACUAUGUACUAGCCUUUUGUUGGAUUUGUGUACGUAUUUUACCUAUGGGUUUUAAUGAUAAAGUGUAUGACUGCUUUGCAUAUAAGUCCUUAUGACUUUAAGAUGUUAAAAAAUAAAGAAAUGGAAUGG